AUGUGGGUAUGCAAUUUAUGUCGAAAGCAACAAGAAAUCCUAACGAAAUCCGGAGCGUGGUUUUUUGGAAGUGGACCACAGCCCUCACCCAGCCAGGACGGAGCACUGAGUGAUACGGCAACUGGUGGCAGCUCAGAUGCACCGAGAGAAAAGAAAGGAAGACUUCAAGAGCGAUCGAGAUCGCAGACUCCCUUAAGUACAGCAACUGCCUCAUCACAGGAAAUCUCUUCUUCCAGUGUGCAGUCCGACCGGAGGAAAGGAGCAGAAGUAUCGCAGCUGGCUAUGGGCCUAGACCAAAAACAAGUUUCAUCAAGGUCUAGAAGUGAACCUCCAAGAGAGAGGAAGAAGACACUAUCAGUUUCAGACCAGAAUGGCAAAGGUUUAAAGAGUGAGCGUAAGCGUGUGCCAAAGUCCUCACUUCAAAAAGAAGGACCAGCAGAUGACAGGGAGCGUAAAGAACGGCAUGAAGGUAGAAGGCUGGAGAAAGGCAAGUCACAGGACUACCCAGACUUGCCAGAGAAACUUGAGGAAGGCAAAGUGCCUGAUGAUGAAAAACAAAGGAAGGAAGAUGAAUAUCAUACCCGUUACAGGAGUGACCCCAAUCUGGCAAGAUAUCCUGUAAAACCACAUCCUGAGGAACAGCAGAUGCGCAUGCAUGCGAAAGUUUCUAAAGCACGGCACGAGAGAAGACACAGUGAUGUAGCUUUGCCACAUACAGAAAUGGAGGAAGCGGAGGUACCUGAGAAUAAAUUAGGAAAACGCUCACAAUUACAGGGAACUCAGGACAGAAAAUCUGUUGUGGAAACUCAGAGGUCGUACUCUAUAGACAGAACAGGUGAUGUAAGAAUUUCUGUUUCUAAACAAUUAACUAAUCAUAGUCCACCAACUCCCAGGCAUAGUCCAGUUCCUAUAGAACACGUAGAAUACAAGAACCACGAUUCUUUUAAAAAACAGAGCCGCCUUGAUCCUAGCUCUGCUAUUCUCAUGCGAAAAGCAAAGCGGGAGAAAAUGGAGACCAUGCUAAGGAAUGAUUCCCUUAGUUCUGACCAGUCGGAAUCAGUGCGGCCAUCCCCUCCAAAGCCUCAUAGAGCAAAAAGAGGCGGAAAGAAAAGGCAGAUGUCAGUUAGUAGCUCAGAGGAAGAAGGGGCAUCAACACCAGAAUAUACUAGCUGUGAAGAUGUGGAGAUAGAAAGUGAAAGUGUCAGUGAAAAAGGUGACUUGGAUUAUUACUGGCUGGAUCCUGCCACGUGGCACAGCAGGGAGACAUCCCCUAUUAGUUCGCAUCCAGUAACGUGGCAGCCUUCUAAAGAGGGAGAUCGCUUAAUUGGGCGCGUUAUUCUUAACAAGAGAACAACCAUGCCAAAAGAAUCAGGUGCAUUAUUGGGGCUAAAAGUUGUUGGAGGAAAAAUGACAGAAUUAGGACGACUUGGUGCCUUCAUUACCAAAGUGAAGAAAGGUAGCUUGGCUGAUGUGGUGGGGCAUCUCAGAGCAGGGGAUGAAGUUCUAGAAUGGAAUGGUAAACCCUUGCCUGGAGCUACAAAUGAAGAAGUUUACAACAUUAUUUUAGAAUCAAAAUCAGAACCUCAAGUUGAAAUUAUUGUUUCAAGGCCUAUUGGUGAUAUUCCACGGAUUCCCGAGACUUCUCACCCCCCGUUAGAGUCUAGUUCAAGUUCUUUUGAAUCGCAGAAGAUGGAAAGGCCUGCUAUUUCUGUUAUAUCUCCGACCAGCCCUGGAGCCCUACGGGAUGCACCACAAGUCCUACCAGGGCAGCUUUCUGUUAAACUGUGGUACGACAAAGUGGGACAUCAGUUAAUAGUAAAUGUUCUGCAAGCAACAGAUUUGCCACCAAGAGUAGAUGGACGCCCCAGGAAUCCCUAUGUAAAAAUGUAUUUUCUUCCAGACAGAAGUGAUAAGAGUAAAAGGAGGACCAAAACAGUAAAGAAAAGUCUAGAGCCAAAAUGGAACCAAACUUUUCUCUACUCACAUGUACAUCGUAGAGAUUUUAGAGAACGAAUGCUUGAAAUAACCGUAUGGGAUCAGCCAAGAGUGCAAGAAGAAGAGAGUGAAUUUCUUGGAGAGAUUCUUAUAGAGCUGGAGACAGCACUUUUAGAUGAUGAACCACAUUGGUAUAAGCUACAGACACAUGAUGAAUCUUCACUACCUCUGCCUCAGCCAUCACCUUUCAUGCCAAGAAGACAUGUUCAUGGUGGAGAAAGCACUAGCAAAAAAUUACAAAGAUCUCGGCCAAUCAGUGAUAGUGACAUCUCAGAUUAUGAUGUUGAUGAUGGUAUUGGAGUUGUUCCUCCAGUAGGUUAUAGAUCUAGUACUAGAGAAAGUAAAUCUACAACGCUAACUGUGCCAGAACAGCAAAGAACAACACAUCAUCGUUCACGAUCUGUAUCUCCUCACCGUGGCGACGAUCAGGGCAGGACCCGUUCACGUUUACCAAAUGUGCCAUUACAGAGGAGUUUAGAUGAAAUUCAUCAAAUGAGAAGAUCACGUUCUCCAACUAGACACCAUGAUGCCUCCAGAACUCCAGCUGAUUACAGAUCCAGAGACAUGGAUAGUCAGUAUUUGUCUGAUCAAGAAAGUGAGCUUCUUAUGCUGCCCAGAGCAAAACGAGGAAGAAGUGCAGAGUGCCUACAUACCAUCAGUGAACUACAGCCCUCCCUUGACAGGGCUAGGAGUGCUAGUACCAACUGCUUGAGACCAGAUACUAGUUUGCAUUCACCAGAACGAGAAAGGGGUAGAUGGUCCCCCUCCCUAGAGAGGAGACGACCUACUAGUCCCAGGAUUCAUAUCCAGCAUGCAUCUCCGGAGGAUGACAGGCAGUCCAGAAAAGUGGAAAGAUAUAGCAGCCAAAAACAAACUAGGAAAGGCUCCGCAACUGAAACAGAAAGAAUACAUCAACAAGGAAGUCCCACACAGUCUCCUCCUGCAGACACAUCCUUCAGCAGUCGCAGGGGAAGACAGCUACCGCAAGUUCCAGUAAGAAGUGGCAGUAUAGAGCAAGCAAGCUUAGUAGUGGAGGAGCGAACGAGACAGAUGAAAAUGAAAGUGCACCGUUAUAAUCAGACAUCAGGGUCUGGUUCUAGCCAAGAACAUGAGCGUGAGCAAUAUACCAAGUAUAAUAUACAAACAGAUCAGUACAGAAGUUGUGAUAACGUCUCUGCCAAAUCAUCAGAUAGUGAUGUCAGUGAUGUGUCAGCCAUUUCCCGAACCAGCAGUGCCUCACGCCUCAGCAGCACAAGUUUUAUGUCAGAGCAAUCUGAACGCCCUCGGGGCAGAAUCAGUACAUUUACUCCUAAAAUGCAAGGCAGACGGAUGGGGACUUCAGGGAGAAUCACUAAGAGCACAAGUGUGAGCGGAGAGAUGUAUAAGCUGGAGCACAAUGACGGGAGUCAGUCGGACACGGCUGUCGGCACGGUUGGAACAGGUGGGAAGAAAAGGCGUUCCAGCCUUAGUGCCAAAGUGGUUGCCAUAGUGUCUCGAAGGAGCAGAAGCACAUCUCAACUUAGCCAAACAGAGGCUGGCAACAAGAAGCUAAAGAGCACGAUACAGAGAAGCACAGGGACAGGAAUGGCAGCAGAGAUGAGAAGUCGUAUGGUUCGACAGCCAAGUCGGGAAUCCACUGACGGCAGCAUAAAUAGUUACAGCUCCGAGGGCAACUUAAUAUUUCCUGGAGUACGGCUGGGCACUGACAGUCAGUUUAGUGAUUUCCUCGAUGGACUUGGACCUGCACAGUUAGUAGGCCGACAAACGCUAGCCACCCCGGCCAUGGGUGACAUCCAGAUUGGAAUGGUGGAUAAAAAGGGCCAGUUAGAAGUAGAAGUCAUUAGAGCCCGUGGCCUCACACAAAAACCUGGCUCCAAAUCUACCCCAGCUCCAUAUGUCAAAGUGUAUUUAUUGGAAAAUGGAGCAUGUAUAGCUAAGAAGAAGACAAGAAUUGCACGGAAGACCCUUGAUCCUUUGUACCAACAGACACUGGUUUUUGAUGAAAGUCCACAGGGUAAAGUCCUUCAGGUAAUAGUUUGGGGAGACUACGGCCGAAUGGACCACAAAUGCUUCAUGGGAGUUGCCCAGAUCCUUCUGGAGGAAUUGGAUCUGUCCAGUGUGGUAAUAGGCUGGUAUAAAUUAUUUCCACCUUCAUCACUAGUGGAUCCAACCUUGACUCCCCUGACACGCAGGGCUUCCCAGUCAUCUCUGGAAAGUUCAACUGGGCCUCCCUGCGUUAGAUCAUAG